CCUGCGGAGGUGAGGGUGUAGCUUUGAAGGAUGCGACUGUGGGGCUCUGCAGCUUGGCCAGGUUGCAAACAUGGCAGGUCCGGAGGCUGAUGCCCAAUUUCAGUUCAGUGGUAUUAAAAAAUACUUCAACUCUUAUACUAUGACAGGUAGAAUGAAUUGUGUGCUGGCCGCAUAUGGAGGAAUCGCUUUGUUGGUCUUGUACUUCAAGUUAAAGUCUAAAAAAACCCCAGCUGUGAAGGCAACAUAAAAUGGAUUCUUAAACAAACUGUACCUCAUCUGUUCAUUUACCAUGCCUGAAAAAGCUAAUAACUCAUGAUAUGAUAAUUUGUACAAUAAAUUAUGAAUCUGGAAAAAAAAAGAAAAUACAA